UUUUUCAGUCAUACUUGAAGCAAUGGAAUGGAUCAACCUUUUAUCUUGGCUUUGUAUCAUUGUUACUGUCGGAAGCUUUAGUGCAGGAAUAGUCCUUACACACCAGAACCAACAAACAACAGGCCACUACUGUAGCACUACCAGUUACCACCAGAACUAAAACAAACUACCAGUUUCAGUGUUUGCACCCUGCAGUUAGUGUUAACUCUAAAUGUUAAACCCUCCAUGCCGUCAAAUGCUGCAACAUGGGACCACUAGGAACAUCUCAUUUAUGCCAUUCAUCAAUGGUGCUGUCAUAAAUAUAGCUAUCUUCUGCUACGGUUAUUUGAAAGAUGACUUUACGGUGAUAGUUGUGAAUUCCAUCGGCAGCGUCAUCCACAUCUUCUAUGUUUUGCUUUAUAAUGUAUAUAGUCAUCAAAAGGAAGAUACAUACAAGAAAACGACGAUUGGAUUUGCUGUAUUAUUUACGUUAUACAUGUAUCUACAGCUGGUAGUUGUUGAACAAGAGGCAAUAAUCGAAACACUCGGAAUGUUUACACUAGUUCUAUUGAUGGCAGGUUACAUUGCACCACUGCUGUCUUUGGUGGAUGUAGUAAAAAAGAAGUCAAGCCAUGGUAUACCUCUAUCUUUCACAGCUGCAAUGAUGAUAACAUCAGUUCUGUGGCUUCUGUACGGCUAUGCAAUUAAUGACAUGUACAUAUUGGUCCCUAGUUUUACUGGAAUGUUCACAAGUCUGCUACAGAUUGUUUUUGUGUUGCUUUACCCACCAAAGAAAUUGGAUUAAAAGAUUGCGAACAAGUAAAUCCAUCCACUAGAGUACCCGUACUAGACUAUGCAAUACUCUGAACAUAUGCACCAGUUGACUGUGCUGUUACUUUAAUUUAUUUUUAAAUGGAUUUUCAAAAUAGAAAUUUAUGAAUGAAUUGUUAUAAUUGAGUAUAUGAAUAUAUUUUAUAUCAAGUAAUUAUUUGAAUAAUUUAAUAUGUGGUUUGUUGAGUUUUAAUAAUCAGUUUAUCUCUUCCAUUAAUGUAUUAUAAUGUGAUUUUCAAAAUGUAAUUUUAUGAAUGAUAAUUAGAUUUUAAUUUGUUAUGUAGUUUGCAAUUAAUGAAUUGAUUUACCAAUUGAUUGAUGGACAAUGAUAAGCAUAAAAGAAUCAGUCCAUGUUCUCCAUUUCUUCUAACAGUUAUCUUGAAAUUCUCUUCUUAUUCUUCAUGUUCUCCCAUGCUUUUUUUAGUUAGAUAUAUCCAACACCAAGCACAUUCACCAACAUAGUCAUCUACUGGAUUUGAACCAGGAAUGUUGAAUUUGGAAGGCAAGCAUCUUGCCAACCAAGCGGCAGUUCCACUACAAUAUCAUAUUUUUUACACAUUUCUUUCUACUCCAAUAUUUUUUUCCUUCCCUAAAUUGAUACUGGAUGAAGUUACAGUCCAUCACUGUAUCUUCUUAGUAUCAUUUCUGUUAUGCACCAUGAGCUUCAUAUUUAGCAGAUAUCAUGCUAUCAUUUAUGUAUUUUUUUUCCUACUUGGAAUUCAACAGCAUGAUUUGCGAUGAUAUGUUAUGCCAUGUAACAUGCAACUGUUGGAGAACUUUAUAUAAUUCAAUAUAAUCAUGCUUAUUGCAUUUAUUUCCAAAUUUUUGCAGAUCGAUACUCCCUACCUUCCGUACAUUUAUCAUAUCUAUAGUAAAUUCCUUAAAGUAGGACAGGUAGAAUUUCUGCUCACUACAACGCAGUGAUUCAUUUCGCUUGGACUUACUUUUUUAUCUCUGUAUUUUAAUGUGUAUUCAGGCAGUAAGUACUUGAUUUCUUCCGGCAGUAACUUGUUUAACCAAUACUUAGCCAGUUGUUGAUUUUUCUUUUAACUUUGCAAUGUUGUGUGGAUUGGGACUUUAUCUAUUCCCAGGAAUGGUGUGCAUUAAGUGCUGACAUAUAAAUAUAGCCACUCAUAAAUUGGACUUAUUUUGCGCUUUCUUUACAAUCCCUGUCAAUCAGACGAUGAGCUCACAGAUACGUGGUCAGGAUUUAAGCUAUCUUUGUGAGUCUACUGAGUGGAAUUCAUUAAACAGACAGCAGAUAGAUCUUUACUAGUCUUUGAGGAAUGAUGUAAUAAAACAGAUCUACAUUGUCAAACUUUGUAAACUCGGUUACUGGCAGAUUUUAGCAUCAAAUUUGAGGUUAUUGUUACUAUUAUUAUUUAGUAAUUUUAAUAAUAUUAUUUCCAAUCUGUGUUUACCUCUGAAAAAUGUGAUGUUUUGUCCUACCUGAAGUGUUAUCAUACUGAAUACUCAGUUUGAUCCCAUAUACUAGCAAAAGCAAAUUUUAAGUGAUUUGGGUUGUAAUCAAACCCACUACCUCCAGAUAACUAACCUGGUGUCACUACCACUGGACCACCAAGCUUGUGCUUGGUAAUAUUACUAUCAUUAUUAUUAAUAUUUCUCUUACUAUUAUUAUAUUUAUCAAUAAUUAUAUUAUUAUCCUAGCGGAUCUAUUCAUGGGAACCAACGAAAAACUAUGGCUCUCUGAUCCCAAGUGUCCACACUUUCUACAUUAUCGUAGGUAUGUGGAUGAUACAUUUUGUGUUUUUAAUAACCAAAGUGACGCCACUGAGUUUUUCGAAUUUAUCAACUCCAGACACCCCAAUAUAAGUUUCACGAUGGAAAAUGAAAAUUGUAAUAAACUAAGUUUUUUAGACGUUCUUAUACAAAGAAAAUGAUGGCAAAGUUAAAACAACGAUAUUCAGAAAAAGUACUUUCACUGGUCUCCUUUUGGCAUUUUGUAGUUUCUGUCCACAAACUUAUAAGCUGAGACUAAUCGAAACACUUAUUGACAGAAUUUAUAAAAUCAAUAAUAGUUGGAAGGGCUUCCAUGAUGAUUUGAUGAAUCUAAAAGGCAUACUAUUAAGAAAUGGUUACCCCUCAUAUGUCAUUGAUAAAAUUUGUAAACAAUACAUUGAUAAUAGUGUAACUAACUACACUAAAUCAAAGGUUAAUGAUGAUGCUCACAAAGUCAUGUAUUUCAAACUUCCAUUUAUUGGUAAAUAUUCUAAUGAUAUUUAAUACAAGAUACAAAAUAUUGUAACUAAACAUUGCACCGGAUUGAAAUUAAACAUUGUUUUCACCACUACAAAAAUAAAAAACAUGUUCAGUAUCAAGGACGCAAUCCCUAGUAA